AUGGUAACCGUCUUAUCCAUAGCUCUUACUGGCUUCCUCCUCCUACACGUAGUCGUUGGUGGAGGUUUGAAGCGACCAGAUCAGGAGAAGAGGGGAUGGGAGGCGAAGAUUAACGCCGCGACGAGGAACGUCAAUUACGCUCUUUACGCCAAUGGACGAGGCUGGGUGAAGUCGAAUGGCAAGUCGGACUGCAACGGUAAGUGGAAGGACGCGGAGACCUACGGCGCUCGAAAGAAGAAAAUCAAACAAUUCUGCAUUCGGCUACACGAGAAGCAUCAAGACGACAGAGGUUAUACCGAUGCUCCGAAGAGAUACGAUUGCCGACUUGAUCCGAAUGACAAGGGGAAUAACCAUGGAACCAAAAACCGUGACUGGCUAUGUUAUGAGAAAGAACAAGAAUACGUAUUGAUGCCUCCUCAUGGCCCUGGACUCAACUCGACUUGUCCUUCAACCAACCCGUGGCUACACCGUGCUCUGUCAUGGUAUCCCCGUGAUAGCCCACCCAAGUGGUGUCGAUAUAACUGGUAUGAGAAGAGGCAAGUCUGCUGGUGUAUGCCGGGCUUUUAUCGGGAAUCACCGUAUGACGUGUCACUCUCCAAGAGAGGCUGUCCCGAGGAGGAGAUCUUCAUCAUCCCGCGGUUCGUCAGGAGGAGCGAACUACGCCGACUAGGAGCAUUCGAUGAGCCUCCAAGAAAAACUGGGGCCGUGGCUGAGGAAUCCUCCACCGAGGAGUGUACUUGUCCAUCCCCAUCUGAUGCGUUUGACGAGGCCUCCAAGUCUCCAUGAGUACUGUAAUCGUCAGAUGAAGUCGUGAUGAUUAUGUGAAACGAUAAUUCAUCGCUCUAUAGCUUUGCCGCAAACGGCAAAUCUGUCAUUAUCUUUCUUGUAUGUAAAGAACAUGCCGCACUUAUUUUAAUAGCGCAUGUGAAGUCUAUGUGAAACUAUGGAAGUUCUCUUUUAGU